GUGGGGAUUUUAGAUCUUCCUCCUGAAAACGAGAAGAAAGAUGAAUGUUGACAAGCUCCGAGAACACGUCCUCUCCUACAACCUCAGUAACUGCCCCCUGGGCAACCAAGGCUUCAACCGGGUCCUUCUCCAGCUCUUCGGCUACCUGGGGCACGGCAAAUCUUCCCUUAUAAACUCCUGUAAGCAUGUUCUUCAGGACAGGGAGCGGCCCUUCACCGAGUUUGCCGUGUCCGGGGCAGAACAAGGUGGGCUCACCAUGGAGAGGAAAUCCUACCCACUAACCCCCACCAUCACCAUGGUGGACAACAGAGGAUGCUCCACACUCAACGGGUUUGAGACCGGAGAGAUCUACGCCCAACUCGGAAACUUUAUCCCUCUUGAUAUGAACGUUGAGUGGACACAGGGGUUCGAGGAAAUGCUGACCCGGUUGGAAGACUCAGAAGUGGAGCCAAAUUUCAAGGAUAUUAUUGUGCCGAUAUUCGUUUACAGUGUGAGGAGAGAUGUCGCCCCUGCAGAAGCCCAAGAGAUAAAUACUUUCCUUACCAACUGCCGCAAUUUAACAGGAAUAUUCCCGAUCAUCGUCCUCACCCACAAGACAAGCGGCAACUUCUCCAAGUUCCGUGACCUGUUUGAAGGGAUGGGGGCGGAGGAGAUCGUUGCCGUGGAGAACUAUACGGCGGAGGACCACACCGAGACCCGGGGAAGACACCUUCAGUUCCUGAACCUCAUGCACAAAGUUCUGGAAGACGUCGACUUCAAAAUGCAAAAGUCAAUCAACCCGAAAAAAGAACGAGCCAAACAUAAAACAUUUCUCUUUUCUUUCUUGCACUCCAGGAAGUAGCAUCAAGAUAAUUCUUCUCUAUUAAAUGACUCGCCACUUUGUUCUUCAA